AUGCAAAACCGUUUCCCAGAAGCUAGCACAGAGUUACUUAUUCUCAUGUCAUAUCUUGAUCCAAGGGAUUCAUUCUCCAAAUUCAACACCCACAAGUUACUUCGUCUUACAAAACUUUAUCUUGGAGGUUUCACAAUAAUUGAGUGCAUGAUGCUUAAGGAUCAACUUGCUACUUUCAUUUACGAAGUGCGGGAUGAUGAUGAUUUUAUAGAUAUUGGGGACUUGGGUGGCUUUGCUAGAAAGAUGGUUGAGACAGGUAAACAUGCUAUUUUUCCACUCAUUAAUCGCCUAAUCGAAUUGGAGUUAGUUUUACCUGUUGAGACAGCUAGUGUUGAGAGGGUGUUUUUCAGCUUUAAUGUUGUAAAAACUGACUUGCGCAAAGAAAUGGGUGAUGAGUGGAUGAAUGAUAGCCUUGUUGUCUAUAUCGAGUGGGAGGUUUUUGCAACUAUUGAUAAUGAGGUGGUUCUACAACGUUUUUAG